AUUUUCUCCUUGAUGAAUUGUUGAAUGCAACAAAGCCAAAAGUUUUGAGAAUUAAUCAAAUCAUCAUCGGCGAGAUAUUCCGGUUGCUGACACUCUCAGCCAACCAUACUCAAAUAUUAGCGUAAGUAACUUUAAAGUUACAUACAAACGAUAUCGAUUAACUGAUAGGUUCGCCUUCUUCUUUCCGGGAGCAAGAAGGCUGUCGUGGCGGUUGGAGCGGGCGAGAAAAAAAAACUUAAUGCUUGAUCCGAAAGAGGAAAAAUAAAUGACAAGUUUUGAAAUAAAACGAGUCCCUGGUUGUGCGACUUUUUGUAUAAUUCUCUACAGUUUGUUCAUUUUGAUCCAUGUAAAUUGUGAGUUACCUUUGCCAUUUAUCUCAACAAAUUUAUUUUCUCUUUGGACAGAUAGAAGUCGUCAAUUAAAAUUCAAUGCAACCCCCCAAAAAAUUAGCAUUUACGUUAGCAAGAAGGCAGCGAACCAUUUCACAACAGAAAACAGUUGGAUGGUUUUUGUUCAAAACGAGACAGAUAACUGCGACUACCAUAAUACAGUAUUGAUCGAGUCACAAAAUCUUUGGAGCAGAGGCUUGGCCCAAGAACAGUUUGUUAAAAAAACCUCAGAAAAGCUCUUCAGACGAACGAAAGAGGAUUUCAAACCUUAAUUUCGCCUAAAUGAGCCUCAAGGACAUCUAAUGUUGUCAAACGACGUCAUUGUUGUAACGUUGUUGUUGUAAACGAGAAAGACAGCAUGUCAAUGACGUCAUAGGGAAUUGUGUGUUAGUGUUUAUGUAAAUCUUUAUAAAAGAUUUAUUUGCUUAGAGAUGAAAUAUCGCGUACCUGCUUUUAAGGAAAGAACAAAUAUCCAAAUCGAGGGAGCGACGGAAAUUAAGUUAACUCAUCGUCGUCAACAUUUAAGCACAAUUUCGCCCCCCGUGAGAUUCACAACAUAGAAACAGAGAAACUGGAACUUAGUAACUUGCUGCAUCGCUCGCUUGGUGAAUCAGCUUUCUAACAAUCUAAACAUUAUGGGUUCAGGUGUAUCAAAGAACAAUCUUAAUGUAGUUCAUCAACGACCUGAAGUGGAAAUGGCUACGAACAGACGUCCGAUAUCUGAUGAAGUUGUUCAACUCAGACCACGACAGGAUCAAGACCAUACGAACGAAGAACGAAGAGAGAUGAUUUCAAUGGUUGAGUGGGAAUCCUUACUUACAAGAACGUAUAAGAAAUACGCGGACAGCUUCCCAGAACUUGAAGAUGACCUUCUAACAAUUUUUAAUUCUCUACGAAAAUUAAGAAAAGCCGUCAACGACAAAUCCAAGGGACCUAUAAUUCAAUAUUCUGAGGUGGAAGAGACACUCGAGGAGUUGGCUGUCAAAAGCUGCGACAUAUUUAUGUCGGCAGGAACGAACGACUCAGAAAAUUUCAACAAACUCAUGAGUUUUAUAGUUGAAAUCGAAGGAGCAACAGUGCUACAUAGCUUCGUGAGAAACUGUUUCGAAGAUUACUACAAUGAAACAACUGACAACGAAAUUAGCACAAGUGACCAAGAGGAGAUUUAUACUUGCUUUGAAAGUCUGUCUAAUGCACUGGCAACAAUACAAAACUUUGCUGAUUUCCACGAUGGUUUUUGCUUGGCGAGCGCUCGAGAUGGCGUUGUACAAACUUGCAUGGACAAUAUCAAGAGAAUCGAUCGAGAAAAUGACGACUGGCAAGACCAAGAUGAGAAAUCCGAAAUAAUUCACAUACUGGAGGCGUGCACCGGAAUUUUACACAACAUUUCUCGAAGACUGAGAGAUCGCCAAUGGUUUGCUAACAGUGACGAAACUUUACUCUAUUUUGCAAAGGUUAAGGUAGCAAGUAUCGCUGCCUCGGCCUUGCUGUGUCUGGCGUACCUUGUAAAUGAAGAAACUAAUCAUUUAAUCACCGCCGACAAAAAUUUGCUUCGCUUCAUUAUACGUAUGUUAGACGAAGCUUGGCAAUCAGAAGACCGCCGAAGCGACGGAUUCUCCGUUACGGAACUUGCUGAAGGACUGAGUCAUUUGGCAAUUAACGACAACAAUAAGGAAAUUCUUGGCAGCGAAGGAGCAAUAAGUGUCUUAACGUCAAUACUUAAGACCUCAAACGACGACGAGGAACGGGCGAGUGCGGCAAAGGCUUUGUGGAUGUUGGCUUUCAAAGACUCUAACAAGGUUAUCAUUCGAGAGGGAGACGGAAUCAUGGAGAUCUUACGCACAUUACAACACAGUCAAAAUGCUGAAGUGCAAAAGGCAGCCGCUGGUGCCUUGUGGGAGAUUGAGGGAAAGACAGCAAGAGAAAAAACCGACCAGACCAAAGAAGGGUCUGGAAACCACGUGAUGAUUAGCUACCAGUGGGAUGCUCAGGAGGUCUUAUUCCAAGUGAAAAACCAACUUCAUGCCAAUGGAUACAGAGUAUGGAUGGAUCUGGAGCAAAUGGGUGGGUCCACACUGGAGGCAAUGGCCAAAGCUGUCGAGCAGGCUGCUGUUGUACUGAUCUGCGUGUCACAACGAUACAAAGAGAGUCCCAACUGUCGAUCAGAGGCUGAGUAUGCCUACCAGUUAAGAAAAGACAUCAUUCCCUUGAUGAUGCAGAAGAAUUACAAGGCGGAUGGCUGGCUGGGUAUGCUUUUGGGUACAAAACUGUGGAUUGACUUUCAGAGUAAGCAUAUCGUGGAUUCUGGUGUGACCAAACUUAUCCGAGAAUUAGCGGGAAGAGGGAAAGACGUUGAUCACACAGAUGGGCUCCCAGCGGCGGUAAUUCGAGCAACUGAGGCCACAACUCUAACAAAACAGCCCUCUGGUCCAGAUGUGGCCGGAUGGACAAAUGAGGACGUGAAAAAAUGGCUGAGAUAAAUUGGAUUGGCAGACGUUUGUGACAAAGACAUGGCGGAAUUCACUGGGAAAAUAUUGAUUGAACUUCAAGAGCUUCGCGGAGAAUGCCCGGAUUAUUUUUACAAAUGCCUUGAACACACACUUCAGCUGAAAAACAUGUUCCACGUACUCAAAUUCAGAAAGGAGUUGGACAAACUACUGGGAAAUUGAUUGCGAUCUGCAGAAUAUGUAAUACGCCCGCCUCGUUCUCCUUGUUAAAGGACAGUUGCGUGACGUUGGUCAUCCAACAGUUAUAAGUAGAACGGUGCCUGUGUGUGACCUUGUAGUUGUUGACUGUGAGGAGGACACGUUCACCAUAUGAUAUGGACUUGCUUGUUUUCUAAGUUCACACAUCGAUAUCGAGAGAACACAAUGGACUCCGAGAAUGUGUUUCUGUUUUUACCUACAAUUUGUAUAGUUUGUACUUGGUUCACCAAGGGCGUAAAUCCAAAUAGAAUACGCUUAGUAAUUGAAAAACUCGUGGCACCAACCAUAGUCCGUAUUGACGUUAUAGAAACAGUGUUCGAGUAGCAAAUUGAAAAGAUGCUCGAUACUAGAAAUACCUGCGUUACAUUUACAUUUUAAAUUAAAACGUUAGAUGAAGAGUUUUAACUCUAAAAACCUCAUGGAAGAUGAAAUUGAGCAAUGACUUGAUAGAACACCAAAGAGUUGAGAGGCUUCCUAACGAAAGCGCGAUUGACGAAAACUAUGUAACUACUGUUGGCGUUCAAACAUUUAGUCUAAAUUAGUUUGUAAUUUUAUGUUCGCCAUUUCAUAAAAGACGCCGAAGAAUGUUACCACA